GAGGGAAAGAGAUAGCGAGAAAGAGAGAAAGAGAGAGAAGAAAGAUGGCCGCUACCACCACCAUGAGCGACCACACGCUGUUUGACUUGGAGCUCAACGACGUGUUCGAGAACGAGCUCAACGACAAUCUCUACAACCUGAAGAUGUCGGAAGACAAGGCCAUGAGCAGCCGCAAGAGCAGACGCAUGCUGAAGCCGCUGAAGCCGCUGCUGCGAAUGCUGAAGAAGCGCACCAGCAGUUACGUCAAGAGCAACAAGCGUCAGGAGGCCGUGCCUCAGGUGGGGAUCUUCACCGAGGAGAUCGAGAAUCAGAACAACGCCAACGAGGCGCUGGAGCGUAGGCUCCUGCAGGAGCUACGGGACGCCGAAGAGGGAGCCGCCAUCACCGUCUGCCUGGACGGACAGAUGACCGUCGUGCCGGUUGUGCCUGGUCAGUGCUACGUGCCGGUGCACUUCGCCCACACUCAUGCCGGCGACUUCUACUGGACGACCCUCAGCAUGGCCGACCGGGACCUGUGCUACAAGGAGCGCGCCUUCUCGCAGUACCAGCUUCCCGAGGUGCAAGUGGCGUGAGGUGUCGUCAUCCAGAACGACAUCAUCUACCUCAAAGGCGGAUCACCCGAGCCGAUUACUCGAGAUUCGCACAACUUCCCCCCCGCGGAAGCGUGUCCUCAAGGUCGAGGACCCAAGCUGUCAAUCGAAUUGCGGGGCGACAGCUUAGACAGACAUUUCGAAACUGUGAUCGUUAGAUUAUAUUAUGUAGAUUUUAAUUCAUUCACGAUUGACUGAUCGAGAGGAGCGUUUCUUGCAGAUGUAAAAUUAAUACAUCAAAGAGAAAGAGAGGCGCGCCAUAUUUUAUUUUCUUUUUUACAUUACGGCGAUACAUUUGUCGCGUUUGUGAUAUUUGUACCUAUUAUAUGUAUACAAAUUUAUAGAGUGUUAUUUCAAGAUUGUGAUAACGGCUUUAACGUCAGCAAGCAUCGCUGACAC